AUGGCCGCAUCCAGUAAGGACGGCCCAUUCCCUCAGCAGUUUUUGCCCGGAGUCCACAAAGAGCCGAAUUUAGCCAUUUCUGAAUCCACACAUUCGUCCGAUUGGUAUUCUGCAACGUCAUCUGAAGAUUGUUGGCCAGGAAUUUCACAGUCAUUGAGUGCCCUCAAACCGAACGGAAAUUCAUUGUCACGAGGACUUGAAAACGGUGAGAAGCAGCAUUGUGAAAUGGCGGACCUGAAAUCUUGUUCAUUCAUACCGGAAGCUCCUAUGGACAAUCUAGAAGUGAAAAGUCCGGAAAACAAAAGAAUUCGGUCAUUUUCCGACCCGGACUUGUUUGUCUCAAUUAGUCCAUUGGCUUAUAGAGAAAAUCAAACGCCAAGCCAGCAGCAAAUCGUCAGCAGUCGGCAAGAUUUGAGACAAGGAACACACGAAGUAACGAUGGCUGUCACGGAGACAGUCCAAAACGCAGAUACCACUACCACAACCACAAUCAUCACCAGUACAACUACUACUGCCAAUGCUUCUCAGGAUGAUUUUAUCCUAGUAGAAGCAGAACAAGACGAACCGGGUCUUUGCGAUGCAACUGUGCCACUAAUAAAAAAAAGCGAUCCCAGCUCGAGUGUGACCAACUCACCAGCACGACAAAUCACUCCUCGUAUUGAGACUGGAUUGAGUUUUGAGAACGUGGUGUCUCUUGUGAGAACGUUUCCAUCAAUGCUCACCAAGCUACUCAACAAACCGUGGUACUCGUCCCGAGUUGAUGAAGUCUGCCAGUUUCCAAUGGACGAGCUCAACAACUACGAGAUCGUUCCUACUGAAGUAGACGAUGAACAUUUUAUAAUUGUAUCUGGGACGACAAGAGAAGAUGGACGGUUGGACCUAAUGUUUCAUUUGGUGUUUGCACACAACGGAUUUUAUGAGCCGGCUUCUCUGAGCACCCGACCGUUCAGCUUGUUCCGAGCUCAUGAGAAGAAAGAUCUGAUGGAUCUUCUUCACCUUUGUGAUGAGAAAUCAUUCUUGUUCACUUCUUUGGACACCAAACGUGCUGAUAUCCGAUCAAAGAUUGAAGAACUGGUCAUACAGAUUCGUCUGAAGCCACACUAUCAUAUGAUACACGUGGCAAUUGCAACGGAUAGAUUGGACUUCUUCUCGGAUGAAAUGAUCAAGGAAAUGAAUGAAAAUCUGGAACCAUUCGAAAGCCAGCUCCGUUGUUUGUGUCACACAGAAAACUGCUACCCAGUGCAUUUAGCAUUGGCGAUGGAUAGACAGAAAAUUGUUGAGAGACUUCUUGAACUGGAUCCCACGUUGUUUUUGAAAACUGACAAGGCGGGAAACAAUGUCUGGCAUCAUGUUUCUAGCAGUUUCUGCGCACAGGUCAUUUGGGAUAAGUGCCCGGAUUCACAUCACUUCAUUGACGAGCGCAAUAUGGAUGGUCAGAGUCCUUUGAACGAAGCAGUUAGUGCCGCCAAACCACUCGUCGCCACUUUCCUUAUUGGAAAAGGCGCGAAAUUUACUCGCGGAGAUCGCAAUGAAUUGUUUGUGGCGAUGACGUCAAAGAAUGCGCAAAGUGUCGUUGAGGUAGUGCUGACGGACAAACCGGAAAUCGCUCAUGAACGUGACGCUCUUGGUAAUAGUGCAAUUCACGUGGCAUUGUAUAAGGAGUCGUUGAACGCACUACUGAAUAGGAAGGUCGAAUUAGGAUUGGACAUUAAUGUGAAGAAUAAUGCAGGAGAAACUGCCCUAUUGUUGUUCAUCACUACCAGAAAGCCUGAUUUAUUGCCACUUCUUGUCACUCUCUACGCCCAUGGAGCCGACAUGAAUGCUACCGACCCCCAUGGAAACACGGCACUUCAUAAGUCAGCCGCUCUAGUAGAUGCAAAAAAGAUCAGCCUGGAGUGCGUCAAAUUUCUGAUUUCGGCGGGAGCUGAUUCAAAUAAGAUAAACCAGAGAGGAGAGUCACCGAGACACUUGGCUGCGUCCCUUCAAAACCAGGAAAUGCUUGCGAUUUUGAAGGCGGCUGGGGCGAGACGUUGUCCGAAGGGCUACAAAGGAUGUCGAAGCAACUGCCGAUUUGAUGCUUCAUCAUUCGAAGAAGAGUAUGAAGAGACUCUUCAGAUGAUUCAUAUUGGUUGUGAAUCUGAUUACGAGAAAACUGAAUUGACUGAUUCGGAGAAAUUGAACAUCAAAGAUGCACUUGAAGCUUCGAAGAAAAGCAAGAAGCCACGAGUCAACUUGAUCUCUAUGGAUGGUGGAGGAAUUCGCGGAUUGGUUAUCAUCCAGACGUUGAUUGCAAUUGAGGAAAGAUUAGGAGAUGACAUCUUUAAGUAUUUCGACUGGUCAGCUGGUACAUCUACCGGAUCACUGAUCAUGGCUGGAUUGGCAACUGGAAAGAAUCUGCGCGAGAUGCAACAGACAUAUCUUCUUCUGAAGGACAGAGUGUUUGACGGAAUUAUGCCUCCAUACGACACCGUACAACUGGAGAAGUUCAUCCAAGAUCAAUUCGGCACUGGAACAGUCUGGGAAAUUCCAUAUCCAAGAUUAAUGAUCAGUGCGGUUAACUCGGAGAAACUACCAGUUCGUUUGGAAAUGGCUCGUAACUACAAGCCGGCAAAAGAUGUUGCUCCAGAGACACCAAAAGAAAUGCCUCUUUGGAUGGCUCUUCGUAGAUCCACUGCGGCACCGGUUCUCUUCAAACCUUCAGAAGAUCGAUACAUCGAUGGUGGUAUUAUUUCAAAUAACCCGGCGUUAGACCUGAUGAGUGAGGUUCAUGCCUACAAUCGUGAACUUCAGAUGUCUGGAAGAAAGAAAGACGCCGUACAAAUGAAUGUGUUGGUCUCGUUUGGAACAGGUCAAAUUCCAUGUACUGUUAUUGAAACAUUGUCAAUUGAUAGUAACUCACCGUUGCAAUCAAUCAAGACAAUCAAAAACUUGGCGGCAAUGUUUAUCGAUCAAGCGACUGCAUCGGAAGGAGCACCAGUGGCACGAUCCAGACAAUGGGCUGACUCGUUAGAAGUUCCAUUCUUCAGAUUUUCGGCACCGUUAUCAAAAAACAUCUUCCUGUCCUCUACAAGUGAUUUGGAUGUCUGUACAAUGAUGUGGGACUCUUUUAUCUAUUGCCGAAAGCAUCAAAGCUACAUCGACGAACUUGUCAAACUGCUUAAACACGAUGCGGAUCAUCCAUAUACCAAAACUCCAUUGGCGGAUCUCUAA